AUGAACAAGACUGAAUGGAACAUCAAGGGGAACCGGGUGGAAAGAACCUCCAAGGUUUGUCCCAAAAGUACCUACAAAAAGGAGGCUUCUUCUAUCAAGAAGUUUCAUAUGGAGCUUUUUAGGCGCCAUCUGAAGGAAGGAAAUGUUAUUGCAAUCAGGGACUUCAUUGUAUCUCCAAAUGGUGGUAGGUAUAAGAUAACAAUAGGAAUGGACAAAAUUGCUUUUCAUGGCCGCACUCGGGUUUUGAGAGUCUCCAAAGAUAGGUUUCCAAAAUUCCUCUACAAUUUCACGAGCUUUUCUCAGUUGGCUAAAGGAACCUUUUUCGACCCUAUGCUCAUCGAUACAACUUUUAUCCAUUCUCGAAACAAACUAUCUUGCACAUUGUGGGAAGAAAAGGUUGAUGAAAUAAUGCCCUCCAUACUAAACCGUGAUAUCGAACCUCUUGUGGUUAUUUUACAGUUUUGCCGUGCCAAAGUUGUUGGAGUGAAGGUUUCAAACACCUCUGAUAUCACAAAGUUAAUUGUCGAUCAGUCUACAGAUGAAAUAAAAGAUAUUGUUGCAGCAUUGUGGGAAGAAAAGGUUGAUGAAGUAAUGCCCCCUAUACUAAACCGUGAUAUUGAAUCUCUUGUGGUUAUUUUACAGUUUUGUCGUGCCAAAGUUGUUAGAGCAUCAGUGAAGGUUUCAAACACCUUUGAUAUCACAAAGUUAAUUGUCGAGAUAAAAGAGUUUGUUGCAGCGUUGGCAGUUAUUGGAUCUGCGCGCUCAUUGAGUCGUUCGCUGGUGACUACUGCUGUUGGGAAGAAUGGAACUUUUCUUAUUGAAAGUCAGGAAUCAGAUUUGAUGUCCAAAAUGGUGCAUGCGGAAGCAGAAAAGGAGCUUGACUACGGAGUGGAUGAGAAUAACGAAGAAAACAAAUAUGAGGAUGAGAAUGAAGUCAAUUCACCCGAUAAGGAGCUCAACGAUAAAAAAGAUGCAACGCCUUUGAAGUACUAUUGCAAAAGAAAGUUGUUUGGAGAAUCGAGUUCAACAACCCAAAAACAAAAAGUAAAGUUACAUGAUGCUAAAAAAUCAGUUGAAGGAGAGAAUGAAGUUCAGGGAAAAUCUGUUCAAGGAGAGAAUGAAGUGUUUUAUGAGGAAAAUGCCUAUAUUGAAGACGUUUGA